GAAAUUGCUGAAAAGUUAAAUUUAUCGAAUUCGACCGUUUACGAUCAUUUGAAACGCCUUGGAUUCGUUUCAAAGCUCGAUAUUUGGGUUCCACACAAUUUAAAGGAAAUUGACUUGAUUCGACGCAUUACCAUCUGCGAUUCAUUGUUAAAACGUAAAGAAAAUGAACCAUUUUUGAAGCGAAUCAUAACUGGAGAUGAAAAAUGGAUUGUUUACGACAAUGUUAAGCGAAAACGAUCAUGGUCCAGGCAAGAUGAACCUGCUCAAUCGACAUCCAAGGCAGAUAGGACAUCUAUUAUGGAGAUAGGAUGGACCUCUAAUGGACAUCUAUCUGACUUCCACUAUGGAGAUAUAUAUCCCAUGGAGCUAUGGAGGUAUCAUGGAUCUCUAAUAGACGUCCAUCUGACGUCUAUCGUGGAGAUAGAUGUCCCAUGGAGCUAUGGAGGUUUCAUGGACAUCCACUGGAUGCUAAUUUCUAUGUGGGAAAGGAUAUUACGCGUGAAAGAGAGAGAGAUUAAAGAAGCCUAA